GCAGUGUUGGGUUUCUCUGUCCUGGAUCUCCUGCAGCGAUAACAUCUGAAGAGAAGAGAAGACAAACUUAUUUUAAAAAUAAAGAAAGGGGAGGACGGGACAAUUUUGUAGAUUUAAGUGCGGGUGACUGAUCCAGUUACAUUCUUUAGAAAAGAUUCCAACUGACUCCAGGUCAGCGGUCGGGAGGGGACGUCACGCUCAUCUGCAGGGAAUCCUCCUAUACCUGAGCUGCUGUGUGUGGUCUCUGUCUCUGGACUCCCCCUCCAACCCUCUUCGGACCAGGUCUUGGUGUUGGCGUGCCUCGUCAGCGAUGGCAGGAUCUGGUGUUGCUCUGCGGCUGCAUGAAUUCAGAGAGCUUGAGGACUGCAGGCAGCCAGAUGACUUAAAAUCGUCUCGUCUGGGGAGAGAUGUACGUGGAUUAUAUCCAGGACAGCUGGGUAGAGUCCAUAUUGUCCACUCAAAGGACUGUGGCUACAGUGUUCCCGGUGGACGCUCUCAGUCCCUCCACGAGUCCCCUGACCCUCCGUGUGGAAACUACCAGCAGAGUUUUGACGUCCGCACCCUGAGAGCGCUGUCUGUCCUCCGUCAGUGCCCGCCUGUCCCGGAACAGCGCCCCCCUCAGACGGCCUACCAGGAGCACUUUCAUUCUCCUCUCUUUCCGCAGUAGUUCAGCACAAUGUGCUUUCAAUGACAGAUGAGGA